UGUCCACAGUGGGGUCGGACUUCGACCUGAGGACGCUGCGUGCUGUACGAGUGUUGAGACCUCUCAAACUGGUUUCUGGAAUUCCCAGCCUGCAGGUGGUGCUCAAAUCUAUCAUGAAGGCCAUGAUCCCUCUGCUGCAGAUUGGACUGCUGCUCUUUUUUGCCAUCCUUAUGUUCGCAAUCAUUGGUCUUGAGUUCUACAUAGGCAAAUUCCACACCACAUGCUUUGACAUCAUCACUGAUGAAAUCCGUGAGGAGUUUCCAUGCGGGGUCGCGCCACCCUCUCGACUCUGUCCUAAUGGAACAAUCUGUAAGACGUACUGGUUAGGACCUAACUAUGGUAUUACCCAGUUUGACAACAUCCUGUUCGCCAUCCUCACAGUCUUCCAGUGCAUCACCAUGGAGGGCUGGACCGACCUGCUAUACUAUAGCAAUGAUGCUUCAGGGAGUGCAUGGAACUGGAUGUACUUCAUCCCUCUCAUCAUCAUCGGCUCUUUCUUCAUGCUCAAUCUUGUUCUGGGUGUGCUGUCAGGAGAGUUUGCCAAAGAGAGGGAGCGUGUGGAGAACAGGAGCGAGUUUUUAAAACUCAGGCGUCAGCAGCAGAUAGAGAGAGAGUUGAAUGGAUAUCUGGAGUGGAUCUGCAAAGCAGAAGAGGUGAUUCUGGCCGAUGAGGAUAAUGACCCAGAUGACCGGAUGCCCUUUGAUGGAUCAAGGAGGAGGCCUACCAUCAAGAAAAAUAAAACAGACCUGCUCGAUGCAGAGGAUGGAGAUGGUGAUAUAGGUUCUCCGUUCGCACGUGGCAGUCUCAAGAGCUCCAAACUGGAGGGCUCCUCCUUCAGGAAAAAAGAGCGACGACUGAGAUUCUUCAUUAGGCACAUAGUUAAAACCCAGGCGUUUUAUUGGAUCGUGCUGUGUCUGGUGGGACUCAACACCCUGUGCGUGGCUGUUGUGCACUACAACCAACCCGACCUGCUUUCUGACUUUCUCUACUAUGCUGAAUUCAUCUUCCUUGGGAUCUUCAUGUCAGAGAUGUGUAUUAAGAUGUAUGGGCUGGGGACCAGACCUUAUUUUCACUCCUCGUUCAACUGUUUUGACUGCAUUGUCAUUUGUGGCAGCAUUUUCGAGGUGCUCUGGUCUAUGAUCCAGCCAGGAACCUCGUUUGGGAUCAGUGUGUUGCGAGCUCUCAGGUUACUGAGGAUCUUCAAAGUGACCAAGUAUUGGGCAUCUCUGAGGAACCUGGUGGUGUCUUUGUUGAACUCCAUGAAGUCCAUCAUCAGUUUACUCUUCCUCCUCUUCCUCUUCAUCGUGGUCUUUGCUUUGCUGGGCAUGCAGCUGUUUGGAGGACAGUUUAAUUUUGAAUCUGGCACACCACCAACAAACUUUGAUACGUUUCCUGCAGCAAUAAUGACCGUGUUUCAGAUCCUGACGGGUGAAGACUGGAACAUGGUGAUGUAUGAUGGGAUUGCGUCUCAGGGUGGAGUUAAAAAGGGCAUGGUCUUCUCAGUCUUCUUCAUAGUUCUCACACUCUUCGGCAACUACACUCUGCUCAAUGUAUUCUUGGCCAUCGCCGUCGACAAUCUAGCCAAUGCACAAGAGUUGACCAAGGAUGAGCAGGAGGAAGAGCAGGCAGCCAAUCAGAAGAUGGCUCUUCAAAAGGCCAAGGAAGUUGCUGAGGUCAGCCCACUGUCUGCAGCCAACCUCUCCAUUGCAGCCGUGACAGUAAACUCUGAGCGUCUCGACGCAACAGAACACUUUCUUGACUGUAAGGAGCAACAGAAAAACAAUAAAGGUUGUAAGUCAAUAUGGGAACAGCGCACCAGUGAAUUGCGACGGCAGACGCUGGUGAACAGCAGAGAGGCUCUAUACAAUGAGCUGGACCCUGAAGAUCGCUGGAAGGUCUCAUACUCCCGCCACAUUCGUCCUGAUAUGAAGACCCACCUGGAUCGCCCGCUGGUCGUGGACCCUCAAGAGAACCGCAACAAUAACACAAACAAAACCUGUCCAGGCGAGGGCCAGCCACAACGCUCAAAUCAGCUCAUGCACAAACAGUCAAACUUCAAUGAUGCAGAGAACGAAGGUGGAGGAUCUGGACCGUGGCCCCUGGAACGGGGAGAUUCCACAGGGUCCCGUCGGAGUCUGUUGGGCUCUGAGAACCAGGGGGACGGUCGAGGGUCCCACCGCAAGCAUCAGCACGGUGAACGCUGCAGCCAGGCCCGACAGCACCGCAGAGCCCAAGAGGAGGAGGGAGAGGGCGGAGGGAGGAGACACAGAAAUAAGGGCAGGGAAAGAGGGACUGAGUGUGAACAUGCGGAUGGAGGAGAGCGUAAACACAGACGUCAUCGGCAUGAAGGCGAAGGCCGGAAAGAAAGAGGGGAGAGGGUGCGACACCGCACUAGGAAGGAAGGUCACAGCGGCGGCCCCACCCUGUCCACAACCCGCCCCAUUCAGAAGACUUUGUCCAGGCAGGACAGUCAAUACAGUGAGGACCUGGACAAUGCCAUGAACAACAACAAGCUUGCCACCCAGCAGCCCACCCCACAUGACAGCCUGCUCAAUCUGGCCAACAGUGCCCACACUGCCGGCCUGGUGCAUCCCGGCACUGAGAGCAGCUUCAUUCCCAUCAACCCUUCCUCGAACACUACUAUUGUUGCUAGCACUGGUAAUACGGGCAUGAAACCUGAGUAUACUGCUUUGGACAUGCCGCCCAUGUUCCCCUCCAGUAACGCCAUCCUACAAGUCAAUAGGAACGCCAACACGGAGCCUCUGCCCAAGAAGGAAGAUACCAAAGGUGAUGAUGAUGAUGAUGAUAAAGAUGAGGGUGGACCUAAACCCAUGCCCCCCUACACCUCAAUGUUCAUCUUAACUACAACCAACCCGUUUCGAAGGUUGUGUCACUAUAUCGUCACGCUUAGAUAUUUUGAGAUGUGUAUCCUGCUGGUCAUUGCGAUGAGCAGUAUUGCCUUGGCCGCUGAAGAUCCUGUCUGGCCUGAAUCCCCCCGAAACAAUGUCCUGCGUUAUUUUGAUUAUGUCUUCACUGGUGUGUUCACCUUUGAGAUGCUUAUUAAGAUGGUGGAUUUGGGUCUUGUUAUGCAUCAAGGCUCAUAUUUCCGUGACCUUUGGAACAUCCUGGACUUUAUAGUGGUUAGUGGUGCCCUGGUGGCGUUUGCCUUCACAGGAAGCAGCAAGGGGAAGGAUAUCAGUACUAUCAAGUCUCUGCGUGUGCUCAGAGUGUUGCGCCCUCUGAAAACCAUCAAACGUCUACCCAAGCUAAAGGCGGUUUUCGAUUGUGUAGUGAACUCUCUAAAGAAUGUGCUGAACAUCCUCAUUGUCUACAUGCUGUUCAUGUUCAUCUUCGCUGUGGUGGCCGUGCAGCUCUUUAAAGGCCGUUUCUUCUACUGUACCGAUGAGUCUAAGGAGUUUGAGCGUGACUGCAGGGGCGAAUAUCUUGUCUAUGAAAGAGAUAACGAAGUGAGGGCGCAGAAGCGGGAAUGGAAGAAGUACGAUUUCCACUACGACAAUGUGCUUUGGGCCCUUCUCACCCUCUUCACCGUAUCUACGGGAGAGGGGUGGCCGCAGGUGCUGAAACAUUCAGUGGACGCGACCUACGAGAAUCAGGGCCCGAGCCCAGGUUACCGGAUGGAAAUGUCCAUCUUUUACGUGGUGUACUUCGUGGUCUUCCCCUUCUUCUUUGUCAACAUCUUCGUGGCUCUCAUCAUUAUCACCUUCCAGGAGCAAGGAGACAAGAUGAUGGAGGACUAUAGUCUGGAAAAGAAUGAGAGAGCCUGUAUAGACUUCGCCAUCAAUGCCAGGCCGUUGACACGCCAUAUGCCACAGAACAAGCAAACCUUUCAAUAUCGCAUGUGGGAGUUUGUGGUGUCCCCUCCAUUUGAAUACACCAUCAUGGCCUUGAUUGCCCUUAACACCAUUGUCCUUAUGAUGAAGUAUGAUGGAGCAUCAGAUGCCUAUAAUGCAGUGUUAGCCAACCUGAACAUAGUGUUCACCUCUCUUUUUUCCAUGGAGUGCAUAUUGAAGAUCAUUGCCUUUGGAGCAAUGAAUUACUUCAAAGAUGCCUGGAACAUCUUCGACUGUGUGACUGUACUUGGCAGCAUCACUGAUAUUUUGGUGACGGAGCUCGGGAACAACUUCAUUAAUCUGAGUUUUCUGAGGCUCUUCAGAGCUGCCCGACUCAUUAAGCUUCUCAGGCAGGGUGAGACCAUACGCAUCCUGCUCUGGACCUUCGUCCAGUCCUUUAAGGCUCUGCCGUAUGUGUGCCUACUCAUUGCCAUGCUGUUCUUCAUCUAUGCCAUUAUCGGCAUGCAGCUGUUUGGAAACAUUGCAAUUGAAGAGGAUGCAGAGAGUGCUAUUAACCAGCAUAACAACUUCAGGACGUUUUUCCAGGCGCUAAUGCUGCUCUUCAGGAGUGCUACAGGUGAGGCGUGGCAUGACAUCAUGCUGUCGUGUCUGGGAAAGAAGGAGUGUGAUCCACUCUCUGGUAACAGUGAGGCAGAAUGCGGGAGCGAGUUCGCCUACCUCUACUUCGUCUCAUUCAUCUUCCUCUGUUCCUUUUUGAUGCUGAAUCUGUUUGUGGCUGUGAUCAUGGAUAAUUUUGAGUACCUCACACGUGAUUCCUCCAUCCUGGGUCCUCAUCACUUGGACGAGUAUGUGAGGAUAUGGGCGGAGUAUGAUCCUGCCGCUUGUGGCAGAAUCAGUUACAGGGAUAUGUAUGAGAUGCUCAGGCACAUGUCUCCUCCGUUAGGCCUGGGGAAGAAGUGCCCUGCACGGGUUGCCUACAAGAGACUCUUGCGGAUGGAUCUGCCGGUUGCUGAUGACAACACAGUGCACUUUAAUUCUACCCUUAUGGCCUUAAUCCGCACCGCUCUGGACAUCAAGAUCGCCAAGGGUGGGGAAGGAGGUAUAGAUAAACACCAGAUGGAUGCUGAACUAAGGAAGGAGAUGAUGGCGAUAUGGCCCAAUCUCUCACAGAAGACUCUGGACUUACUGGUGACGCCCCACAAGGCAGCAACAGACUUGACAGUAGGAAAGAUCUACGCUGCCAUGAUGAUCAUGGAGUAUUACAGGCAAAGUAAAGCCAAAAGGACGCAGGCUCUUCACGACGAUCAGAAUCGAACGCCAUUAAUGUUUCAGCGCCUGGAACCACCAUCUCCGGGCCAGGACAUCGGGCAGGGACUCACUGGACUUCCUGACACACAAAAUCACACCGCUAAUCAUCUGGGUGUUGAGGAAGGGAUCCCGUCAAGCCAGUCAUGGGUAACGGCACGAGCUCAGGAGAUGUCACAGAAAGCAGGCAACUGGAGUCCUGAAGGCCAAAACCCAGAUGACACAGAAGAUAACCACAGACAAUCUCAGCAGACAGUAGAGAUGAGAGAGAUGGGGCGGGACGGGUUCUCGGACACUGAGCACUAUCUGCCGAUGGAAGGCCAUGGCAGAGCUGCUUCCAUGCCUCGACUCCCAGCAGACAACCAACAGACUAUCACUGAUAACAGUCCUAUGAAGCGCUCAGCUUCGUCGCUGGGUCAUGGUCGCCAAGGUCGGUCAAUGAGAGGUGAUGACUACACAUUGGAGAGGGUCAUCCCAGAAGAGGGUCAAAGACAUGGGCAUCGGCAUAGGGAUCGCAGCCAUCGCGCGUCCGAGCGCUCCCUUAGCCGCUACACUGAUGCCGAUACAGCAGGUCUUGGUACAGACCUCAGCACCACCACACAGUCAGGAGACCUGUCAUCGAAGGAGAGGGACCGGGGCCGGGCCAAAGACCGGAAACACCAUCACCACCACCAUCAUCACCACGGCUCUGUCGAUAAAGAGCGAUACGGACACGAAUAUAGCCACAGACAGUCAAGAGAGGGAGACCGCCGCUGGUCUCGCUCGCCCAGUGAGGGGAGAGAGUGCCUAACUCACAGACAGGGCAGUAGUUCAGUAAGCGGGAGUCCAGUCCCCUCAACCUCUGGGACCAGCACGCCCCGACGCGGCCGGCGUCAGCUGCCCCAAACCCCUGCUACGCCCCGGCCCCAUGUCACCUAUUCCCCCGUGGUCCGUAAGCCCAACAGCACCCCCCCUCCUGGCCAACAGAACCGACUUCCCACCCCAACCUCCCGUCGGUUUUCUCCACCUGGCCCCGAACCCCCGGCCCCAACCCACCGCCACCCUUCCCCUCCCCAGCACGGUUCCACCCGUCACGCGCACUGGGGCCCCGACCCUUCAGAGGGCAUGGAGGGCGAUGGUUUCUAUGACGACCAAGACUACGAGUUCAAUCACCACGAGCCUCCGUCCUACGAGCAAAGCCCCGUCCAGGGCAACCCUCAUUCCCCCAGGACUUCCCGUCACAGUGGCCCACCUCAGGGUCAGCCACAUCCCCGGCGUAUGCCAAACGGCUACCGGUCCUCCUCUCCUUCUCCACACCACCAGGCCCCCACACACCCGGGACCUCAUAAACCCCCCCAUCCUAGAGGGCCCAGGAAGGGCCUCCAUGAACCUUACAGUGAAACUGAUGAGGAUGAUUGGUGCUAGCCUCUAGGAAGAGGGGAGGGAGGGGGCCAGAAUGGGAUCAAAUGGAUCCCUCCACAUGGAUUGCCGCCAUACGGAUAACAGAUCUCAAAGCAAACAGGAGACUAUAUUCUCGAGUCUGCGCUGUCCAGGGAAACACUAGGCAGUGUUCUGAAUGUCCACAGGGAAAUCAAGGCAUGUUUUUUUUUAUUCUUUCUUUUUUCAAUUUCUCCACUGCCAAGUGUUUCCCUGAAAGGGACGGACUGCUUACUGUCAAUAUGAAGACUGGGGAGAUGAAUAGCCUUUUGUUUUUGAAGAAAAGAAAAUCCUCUAUGUUUUGAUGAGGAGGUGGAAUGUCUGAACUUUCAGGACGUUUCAUGCAGUCCCUCCUUAAGCGAAAUGACAGGCCGUAAUGUUGAUAUGUCGCUAAUCUUAGAAAUAUGAGAAGCUCUCUUAACACUCAAAAAAAUAGAAGGAUCACCUGUCUUUUUAUUUUGCAGAACUUGACUGGAGAUUUGUUUAUUGCAAAAAUCAGUCCAGAGGCUGGGAAAUAUUGAUGAGUUUUAUCAUCUACUGUUAUUUAUUGUAUCCCAGUUGUGGUUUGGGAAUGGGCAGAGGUGAUCUCACCUGGACAGUUAAGAAAGCCCACCCUGCACUUCAGAACCCAAACUCAAGAAAGCCGAAUCGCUAACAAAAAAAAUCGGAGCGAAAAAUGAAUAGCUCUUCACUCUUUCUUCUUCUAUGGCUUCGUCUUCUGCUUCUCAUUGGAAACAUUGGAGUUUGAAUCUUCUGUUGCACUGCCCAGCUUACUUUGAACUCCUAGAAAAUAAAUCCCUUGGAAAUCCUGCAUGAUUGAAAAAAAAACAAGUUAAAAAAUAUAAAUGAAGAAACUUUUGAUAAAUAGGGGAAAGGGGGGAUAAAAUCAUUGGCUUUUUUGUCAUGUCUCUAAAGUUUUCUCUCUCUCCUAUCAACACCCACCCUCUCUUUCUCUCACUCUCUGUCAUCUCUUUCUCCAAAAGUUGUGCUUGCACGCCAUUGGUAACAUUCAAAGUUCAGUCACAUUUUGUGCCAAAUGACACAUUAAACUAAAUAAAGAUGAAUUAUAAAUGAAUAGCACAAUUAUUUUUGCACAAAAACUGAUAUAGUAGCACACACACAGUAUACACACAAACAUAUAGCAGACAAAAGACAUCUUCGAGCACUACAAGUGUCUUCCAGGGUAUUAAUGAAGAGAGCGAGAGAGAUAGAGAGGGGGUUGGGUGAACGAGAAGAGAGAGAGAACCUUUCCAUUUUUAGAUAUGAUUUUUUUGUUGAUAAUAACAAUGUGUGUAUAAAGAUUGUCACAUAAUUGAUGAUGAUGACGGUGAUGAAGAUGAUGUUUUUCAUUUGAUUUUCUAUCUGUUUUUGUAGCCUAUUUGACUUCGCUGCUCUCUGCAUUGCCAUACAUGUUGUCAUGUGAGUUGUGUGUAGAUGGUGCGUGGAGCUCUGUGAUUGUAAUCCAUUGACAGGAACACAUCUGACCUUCUACCAAUGUCUUCGGUAGCUCUGUGACAUGAGCUGUUUCCAUGGAAACCCAUUCUCAGCCAUAUCACUGAGCGUUAAUGACAGUUCGAAAGCAUGCUCCGUCUGAUCUCAAGUCUCUGUAACUGUGAACACUUUGUAUCGAGAAGAAAUUGGAUUUGAGUGAAUGAGAGGAGAGAUUAGUUAUUGAUCGUACUAAUAAUAUGCAUUUUUACAGGGGUUUUAGAUAUUUAGGUUGCGGAUGAUUAUUUACGUUUUAGGUCUCCUCUCGCUCCAUAUUAAUAAUAUCGAGAGAGAGAAAAAGAAAGAUAUUUAACACCGUUUUUAAGUUGAUUCGAUACAAAAGUAUGAAAAGAUAACUGAGCUCCACUACCUCUACUUGGUCAGCAGAUGGCGCUGUGAUCCACAUUGUUGGGCAGCCAGUGGUCUUGGUUCUGACUGUGGGUCUCGCAUAUUUCUGUUUUAUGUUUUUGUCAAUGACCUGUACACUGAGAGUACUACUAUGUGUCUGUCACAAAUGGUGCACUGUUCUGUGUUCAGGAAAUGUAACACAGCCAAUCAAACUGCACAUGUAACACAGCACAGAAACAUGUAACAUCAAAUUGCAUGGGUGAAACAAUGACCGGGCCUUUUCUGACAAAACUCGUCUCUUGUGUCCCCCUGAUCUUUGUGUGUUUUCGGCCCACGUCCUCUGCGGAGUGACCCAGCAUACACAGACACACUGCCGAACUCAUCAUAACCUGCAGCAUGUGCAAAUUAUAGUGUAUGUAGCAUUACUAACAUAGUAUUAUCAUCACGCACACACUUUACUCGAUUCUGGAUGUAGCAUUCGUUGUGUGAUAUAAGAGUGAAACAGUUGGCAAAUUUACGCCUCUCCAGGUUCAGUAUCUCCCUUGUUAAGCGUUUUUUGAAUGGUUUAUCUAUGAAUUACAUUCUUAGGGAUGUAUUACUGAGAUCAGUGCCUUAUUCACUUUUUGCUAUGUCAUAGAUGUCGUAUUUAGAGUGCAUGAUGCAGCUGCAAUGUGUUGGUUUGCAGUGCUUUCUUUACACAGAAAUUUAGUUUUGAAAGUAUUUCAGCACACACAUUUCAUAAAUAGUUUGAAUUGAGAGUAAGGUGAGAGUAAAAUGUUUGUGUCGGUCUGUGUAUUUGUACAGGAUCAAGAGAAGUUUGUCGAAAAUUCAUAGUGCAAAUGAUUUUUCAUGCAGUUGUGGACAGAAAUAUUGGCACCCUUGGUUAAUAUGAGCAAAGAAAGCUGUGGAAAUAAAUCUACAAUGUUUCUCCGUUUGAGCUUUAAUUUAAAAACAUCACAAAAAUGCAAUGUUAAAAAAUAUUUGAAAGUGCGGGGAGAAUCAAAUCUUCAUUUUUUUUAUUAUUGAAUCCUUUUUUCUUCUCUAUUUGCAAGGAUAACAGCUCAGAGUCUGCUUUUAUAAUCUUUCAUGAGAUUGAAGAAUUCAUGGCAAGUGAUUUUAGAUUAUUCCUCCAUACAAAAUUUCUCCAGACCCUUUAUAUGUUGGUUCCUCUUUAUUUCACUUUAGUCAUCUUCUGUAUGGUUCAGGUCAGGGAACUGGGAUGGCUAUGGCAGAACCUUGAUUUUGUGCUUAGUGACCCAUUUUUUGUUGAUUUUGAGUUUUUUUCAAACCAAUUUCUUAAUGAAAGAUUUAUCUACAACUCGUUAUAAGGUUUUUGAGCAGAGCAAGUCACGUUUUUACUUUUUUAUCUUUUUUAUAUAUAUAAUCCAUGACACCAUGUAUCUGAUGUCCAGUACGUCUAGUAUAAAAGUAGGUUCACCACAGUAAAGAUUCUGGGGUACACGCUCAGAAAUAAAGGUACAAACGUUGUCACAGGGACAGUACCCUUUCAAAAAGGUACACCUUUGUACCAAAAGAGUGCAUAUUAGUACUUCAAAGGUACAUAUUGACAGUUCAAAUAUACAUAUUUGUAGCUAAAUGGUACAUUUUAGGAACUUUUAAAGGGUACUGCCCCAGUGACAGCUUUGUACCUUUAUUUUUGAUUUAACUGUUGACAUGGAGCACGUUUUAAUCCCUUUGUGCAGCAAAGCUGUGUUUCUGCUGACAAUAAACUCUUUUCCUUUCAUAUGGUUGUGAACCCAGUCCUAUUUAAAGUUUCAGUAUGCAAAUGUAUUGUGCUGGAGUUUGUUUUGGUUUUAGAGUAGAGGAUUUGUUUCUUUAAACUGUGUCUGAAACAACUUGAGGUGAUGGUGGUCCUAUUUUCCUUAAUUAAAUUUUUUAAGCUUUCUGACCAAAAGAUUCAAUUGAUUUCUGAAAUUAUCCAUCUGUGGUCCUUGGAGAGUCUUUGUCCAAUCAAAUUUUUUUCCUUGCUGAGCAUUAAGAUGAUAUAGACACGCGUCCUCUUUCAGGCAGAUUUGCAACAUCUCCAGUCGAUUAAAACGUCUUCAUUAUUGCCCUGAUUGUGAAAAUAUAUGUUUUUAUGGUUUUAACUAUUUCCUUAAAGCCACUUUCUACUUUGUGUAGCUCAACAAUCUUUUGCUUGACAACAUCAUGUUUCUAGUCACCUUUGGUGUGCUAAGAAAAUUUAAACAUCAAUGGGAAUAUGCUUCAGAGAUUUUUUUACUCAUAAAAAUGUCUAGGGGUGCCAAUAAUUGUGUCAAGUGUACAUUAUAGAAAAACAUUUAUUUAAUUAUGUAAUUUUCCCCCUAUUUCAAUUGUUUAACUUCAAUAAAACAUUGUAUUUUGUGGUUUUCUUUUUAUUAAAAAAAAAAAGAAGAAAAAUCUUAAAUUUAUUUUCACAGCUUUCUUUGCUCGUUUUUACCAGGGGUGCCAAUAUUUGGUCCACAACUGUACUCUUAACUUUGUGCGUGUGUGUGUCUGAGGCUGUAAAAGAAAAGGAAAGAAAAGCAACAGUCUGGAUAAUCAUUGACAUUUCUCACUGUCUGUUCAAAUAAUUCAUCACUACUAACAACCUCAGUCCAUGUUCUGCUAACAAGUGGCAAGUAAAAAUACAAUGCCAUCAAGCAAUGUGGGCGUCACAUUGUAAAAAAAAGUUUAAAGACCUUUUCUUUCUUCAGAUACAAAAAAAGUGUAGAAAAGUAUGUACCUCAAGAACUGCAUGUGCUAUGUGCAUGCCACAGCAUUCAACAGCGGGAAUAAAAAAGGAACAUUUUGUAGAAAAACACACAAGUACAGAUCAAUCUUUUUUAAAGUAAUACAUUCCUUUAUGCUCUAUUUUUAAAACAAACAAAAAACGAAUACAAUCGUAACCUGGGGAGGAAAAUAAGUUUGGUGUGAUUUGAAAGUUCUGUUCUUUCUUCUGUUUCUAGCUAUUUUUUCUGCAAACUUAAAAGAGAGACACUUCAACACUAUGUUCAGGACACAACAUGACUGAUGUCACACACAAAAAAAGAAAUAAAAGUGUCAAGAACCA